AUGACUUCAAUUCUCUCUUGGUUCCGACGGCUAUAUUCUCUGGAUACGCUAGACACUCGUUUCAUUGUCUCUUCAAAUACUCCGCUGAAGGCUGUCGCUACUGACAGGCGAUCUGCUCCCGCAAAAGAUGCCCGCGCAAAUGCAAUUGCCAGCAAUGCUGCUCCUUCUAAGUGGCGCACGCCCGAGUUCUGGGUAUACUAUGUUAUCUUCCUCAUCGCAGUACCGUUGAUGUUCAAAACGGUUAUCGAAGUGUCACAGGAGAGUCAUCCGACCUAUCCAACAUACUCUCAUUUACUGUCCCCUGGAUGGAUAGCUGGGCGCAAAGUGGACAAUUCAGAUGCGCAGUAUUCCAGCUUCCGUGACAACAUUCCUUACCUCCUCGCGCUUUUGGUUGCCCAUCCGCUGCUCCGUCGCGUCUACGAACACUUCGCACAACCGGUCGAUGCAGGCUCUACUCAAACAAAGGCCAAUGCCACUACCGCUCAGGGAGACGCACGCCUCGCCCGUCGGGUCCGGUUUGACUUUUAUUUCGCCCUGAUCUUUAUCGUUGCUCUCCAUGGUGUAUCGGCUAUAAAGGUGCUCGGUAUAUUAUAUGUAAACUAUAAGAUUGCGAAAUCGCUUCCACGACAAUAUGUGCCUACUAUUACCUGGACAUUCAACAUCGCGAUACUGUUUGCGAACGAACUCUGCACAGGAUACCCCUUCGAGCGCAUAGCCACCAUGCUGUCUUCAGAAGGUAACGCCGGGCAGGAAUCUCCUUUAAUCCUCUGGGGUCGAUAUCUCGAUAGCUUUGGAGGUAUAAUGCCUCGGUGGGAGGUGCUUUUCAAAGUCACGAUAUUGCGGCAGAUCAGCUUCAAUAUGGAUUACUAUUGGAGCCUCGAUUAUCCGGCCUCUAGCCCCAUUGAAAAGAAACAAGCUGAUCCUACGGCACUAUCGGAGCGUGACCGUGUGAACAUCCCGGCGGAACCGUCCGCAUUCAAUGGCCGCAAUUACCUCGCCUAUGUCCUGUAUUCGCCAUUAUAUCUAGCCGGGCCCAUUUUAACAUUCAACGAUUAUAUUUCACAGCAGCGAUUCCCACCUCUAUCUCUUACCAGAUCCCGCGUUACCCGCUACGCCGUCCGAAUCCUUUUGACUGUGCUGGCCAUGGAAUUCAUUCUCCAUUUCAUCUACGCAGUGGCCAUCUCCCAAGCACACCCAGACUGGUCAUUGUAUAGCCCUGGCCAGCUCAGCAUGCUAGGCUUCUUCAACCUGCACAUUAUCUGGCUGAAGCUCCUGAUUCCAUGGCGAUUCUUCCGACUCUGGGCCCUAGUGGACGGCGUCGACCCACCAGAGAACAUGGUCCGCUGCGUCUCAAACAACUACUCCGCAUUCGCCUUCUGGCGCGCCUGGCACCGCUCCUUCAAUCGCUGGAUUGUGCGCUACGUCUACGUGCCCCUAGGCGGAGGAAGAGGCCGAGCACGCGGCGACGAUAACAAAUCAUCAUCGGUACUCUUUGCCAAAGCCCGCCAGAUCUUCAACUUCCUCAUCGUCUUCACUUUUGUUGCUCUCUGGCACGACCUCAACCUCCGUCUCCUCAUGUGGGGAUGGCUCAUUACCCUUUUCGUCCUCCCCGAGAUCAUCGCUACUUUGCUUUUCCCCGCGCACAAAUGGCGUUCCCGUCCGAAUACAUACCGCGUCCUUUGUGGUAUUGGUGCUGUAGGGAAUAUUCUCAUGAUGAUGAUUGCUAACUUGGUCGGGUUUGCUUUGGGCUUGGACGGUAUUCAGGGCUUGCUAAGCGAGAUGCUGGGGUCUUAUUCUGGUCUGGUUUACCUGGCUACGGCCUGUGCGGCGCUAUUUGUGGGCGUCCAGGUUAUGUUUGAAAUCCGGCAGGAGGAGUUACGAGCUGGUAUCAAUUUGAAGUGUUGA